UGUGUUGUUGAAGGAAGGAAGGAAGGCGUGUGUGGGGCUUCCCUGGCUGUGGAUGCCGCUGUCUUGUUUGUGUGUCAUCGCUACGGCGGGCCAGCGAACUCUGCUUUUUGAGAGCACCACCGAAAACCGCUCGCACGGUGUGGCAUGUUUUUGAGCCCGCUAGAUCCGCAACGAAGUGGGAGAAAGAGGGCCGCGACCGAAAAGCGGUGCUGACUAGCUGUCCCUCCCUCCCCUCACCAACAACUGUCAUGGAUAGGUUGCUGGCGCAGUGCGGCUGCCUCUACGGGCUGCGCUACGGUCCUGAAGAACUCGAGUCACUGCAACGCAGCCACAAGAUCGACAAGAUGAUCCAAAAGGACAAGCAGGUGAUCCGGAGGCAGGUCAAGCUGUUGCUUCUAGGAGCCGGCGAAAGCGGCAAGAGUACUUUCCUCAAACAGAUGCGCAUCAUCCACAACUACAGCUUCGAGCCCGAACAGCUUGUGGAGUACCGCUCGGUUGUAUUUCAGAACGUACUUAGGGGCAUGAAGGUGCUGGCCGACGCCCGACAGAAGCUCGACAUUCCCUGGCAAAACCCCGACAACGAAGUCCACGCGCAGCGACUCUUGGGAUACGACUCGGCGUUCGAACCCGCCGACGCCGAGACCUUCGGACGGUACGCGCCUUCGGUGCGGGUCCUGUGGCAAGACUCCGGUAUCCGGGCCGCAUUCGAGCGUCGUAUCGAGUUCCAACUGGGCGACGGGGUUCGCUACUUUUUCGACCACUUGGACCGAAUCGCUACCAAGGAGUUCAUACCCACCAACCAGGACAUUCUGCAUGCGCGAAAGGCUACCAAGAGCAUCACGGAGUUCGUGGUGCCAGUCAAUGGUGUACCCUUUCGUUUCGUCGACGUGGGUGGCCAGAGGUCGCAGCGUCAGAAGUGGUUUCGAUGCUUCGACAGCGUCACCUCCAUCCUCUUCCUGGUGUCGUCCAGCGAAUUUGAUCAGGCGCUGCUGGAGGAUCGCAGCACCAACCGACUGGUGGAGUCCCGCAGCAUCUUUGAGACCAUAGUGAACAACCGGUGCUUUGCCGAGGUGUCGAUCAUCCUGUUUUUCAACAAGACGGACUUGCUGCGCGAGAAGCUCGCCUCGCGGGCCACCAGCAUUGCCGACUACAUCGACGGCUUCAAAGGCGACCCACACAACCUCAUCGAUGUGCAGCGCUUCCUCGUUAACUGGUUCUACGAGGCCCGCCGCAGCCAACACAAGCCGCUGUUUCACCACUUUACCACUGCCGUAGACACCGAGAACAUCAAGGUUGUGUUCAAUGCAGUCCGCGACACCAUUCUGCAGAAAAACAUCACACAGCUGAUGCUGCAGUGAGCGUUGGGCCGGACUCCCCCUCGUGUGUCUGCGUGGAUGUUUGUGGCUGUGGUUAUCCAUCGGGCAGGUUAUGUCGGAAAUUGCAACGUCGACUGCCCUCGCACCGGUCUGAUUGGUGUAACUGGUCGCGGCAGCAAAGAUUUAGCGCGUCGUACUAGGCCAGCCUUAAAGAACCUAUCGUGUGAUUCUGAUAAGUUGUGUAAGACUACGCGUUCAAUGCGUAGCGUCUCGUUGCUGCGACAGUUUGACCGUCGAAACAACAGCUAAGCAACGACCAACAAACUUUCUAAAAUGAGUAAUUGAUCACGGUAAGGGGAAUAGUCUCUUAAGUUGCGAGGGAUUGCGUUGACUGUAAGGUGGGUUUAGCUUCUUUGGUCUUGCAUAUGUUCGCGAAACUUGCAAUGCAGAUCACUGCAACGAAGGCGCCUUUGCACGGUGCUUGUGCAGCUGCCCACCGAGCUGCACUCUUAUGGCAGUGCCUUCACUGCUCUAGUCGUGAAGUGCAGCUCUGAACAUUAUUUGUUUUUUGGGGCACGAACCUCGCCUCAAUCAGGGGCAUGUCUGGGAGUACAAAUGGUAACCAUCAGUGUACAUACUGUAAAUAAACGUACCAAGUGCCUCAACCUUCUUCGAGUCAGCGUAGUGUAACAUGCCAGUGACUCGAUGCUGUGUCUGCCAAGGCGUUUAUGUGGACUGGUUCCACGUCGAUGGGAAGAGGCAAAUUUAAACUACGGAAAGGAAAUUAGCGUUGAAGAGAUUCUUGACAGCCAGCAGAGCUCGCAUGCGACAUCGUUCUUUUUUUCUGGGGUUUUGUACACGCCGGCAGUUUCGCAGACAUUCACUAGAAUGUGCGCAUGAACAGUGAGCUAGAACAAGACAUGAUGGUUUCAUUGAUACACUUUGAAGUGUUUGCAGCCAGUGGAAACGACGCUGCUUUUGUUGGGCAGUGUCACUGUUGGCAAAACCAACAUCCCAAUGUUGCCUCAUGCUCUUGAUUGUGUGCUGGAUGUCAUAUGUGUGGUUAGAAGAGAGAACCAAUGUGGGGAAGAGCCUAGUGUCAGUUCAUUUCUGAUGCAAUGUGGUGCUUACUGCGUAUCCUCUUGUUCUGGGGUACCCGUGGACAUGCUAUUCAAGCUGUGAUUCGCUAACAUCGAACCUAGAGCUUAGAGGAGACGCGUAUUUCCAAGACUGUGCCGAAUUUCCACAGGUGUUGUUACAUUGUGUACUACGUUUCUUAUUAAUUAGAAAAAUACUCAAAGAUGCUCAGUUUGGAAGAUUGGUGUUUUUGAUUAUAGGUACUCACUGGCUUUUUACGUUAAGAGCUGUUAACAAUUUAAGUUUGGCACAAGUUCUGAGGAGAUUUUAUGGUGCUGCGUCCCGUGGCCGCAUUUUGGGAUUCAUGCAAGUAAUGGUCUCAUACUCAAUUCUGUUUUCUUGCCGUUUUCUGCGUGUCUGUCUUGCCAAAUGCAGUUUCGUGUGCCAAGUUGUAUAGUGGUAGUUCCUCCCCACACCAGGGAGCUACACCUAAUUGUUUUUCUGUUCAAGCCCUACAGUUUCAUCGUCACAUAUUGGAUGUUAACGGUUCUGCUAGUUUGGGAAUCUUUGUUGUUUGCAUUGUAAAAAUGCCUGCCUGUCUGCAUGAGCUGUUGAUGGCAGCUACCGCCUCAUAUUAUAUAUGAUGUUGAACAAACGCUAUAUUACCGUAAUGUGUGAAAAUGGGAACAAAGUGGGUGUUUCUACGAAGCAACAGCAGCGGCAUGCCGUUGCGGCUUCUGAUGUGAGAAAAGUGUUUUGCAAGUUCCUGUGCCUCGUCUCGCAUGCAUUGGACGUCUUCGCAACUCUCCUACAUGCUCUAACAGUGCAAUCAAAUCCACAGGCACGGCUGGUCGAGCUUUCACCUCAUAUGCCAGCGUAAGGCUGACAACCGACUUUUGCCAGAAACCUUCUUGUAUUUUUCUCAGAUGUGGGUGUUUUAUUUUGUUUUCUGAACAUGCCUAACUCUGUCCUAAAAAACUAUAUAUAUAUAUAUUAUAUAUACUAUUUCUUCACCUCACAUGUUCUGCAGUGUGCUACACCACAAAGAGCUUACGUCACGACUGUGCUUACAUGUCUGUCGUUUUGUUAUGUAACAUCUGUUGUGUCUGUGCUGGAGGUUUCCUGUCCUUUUUAUAAAUUCCUCGCGCAGCUGAACAAAUUUUGACAGGGCAGCUCGUACAACCUCGCUUUAUAAUGAUCACUCAUUCAAGGACUGGUGCUACUUGCAGUAGCUCGUUGCAAAAAUGGUGGUAUGUCCCUGUGAAGUGUGACGUUGCUACCUUCUUUGUUGCCCCCUUUCAUAUUACUGUAAAGAUAAAACACGUCCUUUUUUUACUCGGUGGAGUGUUCAUUGUGUGUGGAGUAGGAAAAGAGAUUUGGUGUUGCCGGGCUACAACACAUUCUGCAUUUUCGGCCGGGUGACCUCAGAUGCACCGGUCGAUUGACGCAUUAGGUUGUCUCUGUGUUAAACCUUCACGGAUGUACCGCCUCAGUACAGUACGUAUGCGAACUGUCUGGACCUUGCACGAAGACGAGAGGAGUUGCACGUGCCUUACAGCUCCAUUGUCCCGUGAUUGUCACAUGCAGAGACGAGCAUUCGAAACUGUUCACUUUGGCAGAGGUGUCACUGGUGACUGUUGGAGGCUUCACUCAGGGAGGGGUAGUCCAGGCAAUCUGUUCUCCGUGUUGACAGUAUUUUUAGUGGACGCUGGUGAUGCACGCAUCACCAGUACUGUACGUUUCUACAGUACAGUACUGGUGAUGUGUGCAGUUAAAUGUGUAUUUUGCCCUCUAAGCUUUUUUUUUCUUUUUUGCUGCUGUGCCUUACAAGUGGGGACAAGCCUGUAUGACCUCAUGGGUAUUUGUCAUUGACAAGUCAUACUGCCCCUCUGUGUUAUUGAUAUAAAACACGCUUUGUCGUUAUUUCUGUUUCAAGCUGGAAAAGCGAGUCCUUUUUUCUGCUUUUCCUGCACUUGCUAUUUGUGAAAUGGCAUUGCCACAACAGUUUCUGGUGAAAUGAAUGUACGAAGUGUGUGUGUGCUCAGAUGGGUGGCCGUUCGAACGAAGGUCCAGUUUUCCCUUCUUUUUUGUGCGGUGUGUGCAGGAGUGGAGUUACUCAUGCAAAACAAACAGAAUGCAGUUAUUUUAAGUUUUAAGAAGUUUUGGAAAAAUAAAUGUGGAAAUGCUA